UGUAACGGUAUCAGACGCAUUCUACCGCUCAGAGCGUGGACGCGGAACUCGCCUGAGGCUGUGUUUACAGUAAUUGAUGCGAGAUAAUCGCCGAUGGUAAUCGAUUAUCGUUAGGGCCGGUACACAUCAUGAGACGCAAGCAUUAGACUGAGACUCUGAGAGAGUAUUAAUCUUAACUACUUUCGUAGUAUAAAAGGGCGAAAAUAGGCUCAACGGUCACCAGAUGUUUGAUGACAAUCAUCGUUCAUUGACGUGAGAAACACAUACCUACGACUUACAGAAAAUGUGAGAGUAACUGUUUUGUAAUAAGUAUUUUGUGACCUGAAUCAUGGAGUAUGGAGAGAUCACAAACCUGGAUGGAGAACCUUGUUAUGGAUAAUUUCAUUCUGGGAUUGGAUUUUAAAAUACAAAGUUUUGAAGAAUGUGUGGCCACGCCUCUUGACACCAAAUAUCAGAUGCGAAUAAAUUGAAACAGUAGGUACUUACGUGAGAAUGGACUCUACAUAAUUCAAACUAACACACAUAAGUCGAAACGACAUUGCCACGUUUCAUUCAUCGAAUGAUUCUCACAGUGAUUACAUAAGGUAAUAAGACGACCAAGUUCACGGUCAGCAAGAUCCACAGUCGGUCAUUUUCACUCGAGCAGCGGGCGUCGUCGAACAAGGCGCGUCUAGAUUCCUAGCUCGGAGGCUGCAUCCGGGCGGAGGGAGCGAGUCGCGCGAAUGUCAAGGAACCCUGCGCGCUGCGUCACCGCGCCCGCGCCAGUCGCAGCCGACAUGUCUGCGCCGGCGCCUGCCUCGCGCCGCGCGCUGCUCCUGCUCGCGCUCGCGCUCGUCGCGGCCGCUCAACUCGUCGAAACGCAAGACGUGUUAUGCAAAAGGGACGGCCUCUUCGCCGACUACGACAGCGAGUGUCGGGAGUACGUAAAAUGUGCGGGUGGUGUGAUGAAAAACAGAUACUCCUGCGGCCCCGGACGCGUCUUCAGCGAGGUGGCGGGGGCGUGCGUGCCGCGCCGGCGCCAGCCCUGCAUCAGGCGCCGGUGCGCGCCCGAAGAUUCGCUGGCCUACGCCACCCCCGGCACCGCCUGCCGCCACUACUACCGCUGCGAGAACGGAACCGCCGUCGACCACGCGUGCCCCUCCGGCGCCUGGUUCGACCUCGACCGGCAGGCCUGCACGCGCGGCGCCGGCACCUGCUACGAGCCGCUGUGCGCCGGCCUCCCCGACGGCACCUACCCGGACGCGUCGCACGAGUGUCGGAGGAAGCUGGAGUGUCGCGGAGCCGACCUGAAAGCAGUGACGUCCUGCCCCGGGGGCCUGUGCUCCGCGAAGUGCGCGCCGCCGCGGUCGGCCGCGAUCCCGCUGCCGGCGGGGGACGCCGACUUCUGCUCCGACGAGGCCUGCUCCUCGCUGUGCCACCAGGCCGCGGACGGGGCGUACGCGGACCGCUCCACCGGGUGUCGUGAAUAUUUCGUGUGCGAGGACCGGCGCGUGACCCGGCGCGGGGUGUGCGAGCCGGGGCUGCUGUUCUCGGGCGGCGGCUGCGAGCCGGCGGCGCUGACGCACUGCCCGCCGCCCGCGCGCAGCCCGUGCUUCAACCGCCCGGACGGGCUGCACCGCGACUGGCGCGACUGCUCGUCGUGGUUCGACUGCCGCCGCGAGCGGGUGGUCACGCGGGGCUCGUGCGAGCCGGGGCAGGUGUUCGACGGAGUGCGAUGCGUGCCGUCGGAGCGGUUCACCUGCGAGGGCCCGGCGCCGUCGGCGCAGUGCGAGGGGCUGCCGAGCGGGACGUACCAGGACAUGGAGUGGAACUGCACGCGGUACUACCACUGCGAGGGCUCGCUGCGGACCGGCCUGGCGUGCCCGGCGGGGCGGGUGUUCGACGGGGUGCGGUGCUCGGCGGCGGAGCGCUACCUGUGCCCGAGCCUGGAGCGGGACUCGUGCUUCGGGCGAGCGGACGGGCGCUACCGGGCGCUGGACACGGGCUGCCGCGGGUACUACGCGUGCGCCGGCGGCGAGAAGGCGGGCUACGCGUGCCCGGCGGGCCGCGUGUUCGACGGCGAGGCCUGCGUGCCCGCCGCGCCCGGCAUCUGCCCCAUCGACGACUACUCGUGCUCCGGGCUCGCGGACGGCUACCAUGCGGAAAUGGAAUCGAGCUGCCACAGAUACUUUUACUGCCAAGGCGGGGACAGACUAGCAACUUUAUCGUGCCUCGGGGGCAAGAUAUUCGAUGGGCACGCGUGUGUGGACCCCUCAAAACACGAGUGCGGCGCAAUGCCCGCGUCCAUGAUAGAAAAUGGCGGCCAGUUCUGCGCGCGCGACGGAUUCUUCAUCCAGCAGGGCACCGAGUGCAAACGCUACUACUUCUGCGUCACCGGCAUAAGAACUUUCCUCACCUGCCCUACCAACCAAAUCUUCAACGGACAAGUGUGCGUGCCCGUCAACCAAUUCACAUGCCCUGGAUGAGAAUCAAAAGGGUAUAGUUAGAAAAAAAUACGGCCCCAAGGGCGCCCCUCGACGCGUCCAGGAGACACCGCGACGUACCUGACUUAUUUAUUCCUAUAAGGCUGUGACUAAAUACUUAUUUUAAUUAGGACUAGCUCUACCUCUUAUAAAUAAUACACUUCACUUUUUACUAUCAUUUUAUUGGCAUAGAAAUUUUAAGCAGCCUAACUAGUGUCUAAUAAAUUACACAGUGACUAUAUCUUACAUGUAAACUUACAAACACAAUACAGCAAGCCCCGUGAAUAGAAAAAUAACUUCUUUUAACACAGUAAAAGAUCAACUAAACAUUUUUAAAUUACAGAUAAAUAUAUUAUUUUGCAACAAAAUCUCUUAAAAAGUGAAUUAAUUUAAGGUGUUCGACAAAUAAAUUAUAAAAUUAAUUAUAGUUAGCACGAGUAAGUAAUACAAGAUAAGUUCAACAUAUGACAAUAUAAUUUUGAAUUAAAAAUAUUAAACAUUUUCUUUAUAUUUUGAUUCAUUAAGUUUGGCAAUACUCAUUUAUAUUUAAUAAAACGUAUAACAUAAUAUUUAAUUCGUAAUCUAUGUAUGUAUAAUAAAAAUUAUUUGCAUACAUAAUAUUGUUUUUUUCGUUUUCAAUUUCAAGUCUAUAAAUACAUUUCUAUACAUUUUUUUACAUUAAACUUCGAACAAGUACGACCCUACGCUAGUCCAAUUUCAUAACAUGUCUUUUUAUAAUACAAGGACACGUUAAUUUAAUUUAUACACAAUUUAAACUUCAAUUGGUCCUCAGCGAAAGGAGUGAUCAAUGCAAAAGUGGCUCCGAACGAUACUGCAAAAAAA